AUGGCCACUGUUUCUGGAUUUGGAAUAACACGUUCAUUAAUUCAUGCAUUUGAUCCACAUGGUAAACAUUACACACCAACAAUUAAACCAACAACUGGUUUUUCAGCAUCAGCUGAUGCUGAACGAUUACAUCGGGCUAUGAAAGGUCCAGGCACAGAUGAAACAGCAAUUAUCAACAUAUUGGCACGUAGAACAAAUUAUGAACGUCAAGAAUUAUGUCGAUCAUACAAAAGUUUAUAUAAACAUGAUCUAAAAGACGAUUUGAAAUCGGAGACUAGUGGAGACUUUCGUAAAGUUUUAUGUCAGCUAGUUGUUGAUACACCUUAUAUGUUGGCUAAAUCAUUAUAUUAUGCAAUGAAAGGCUUAGGAACAAAUGAUCGUGUACUUAUUGAAAUAUUUACCACAUUAUGGAAUGAUGAAACAAGAGCUGUAGCUGAUGCUUAUAAACAAGUACUCAAAGACAAAGGAAUUGAAGAAUCAGAACGUUCAUUAGUUACUGAUAUGAAAAAAGAAAUAGGUGGUGAUUAUGAAUAUGCAUUAAUGUGUUUAGUUCAAGCUGAACGUGAUGAGAUACCAGUAUUACAAUUGAAAGCAAUACCUGAAAAAGGUAUCAAUUCAAUCAUUAAUCAUGAAUUAGCUGAAGCUGAUGCUAAAGAUCUAUAUGCUUCAGGAGUUGGUCGAGUUGGUACUAGUGAAAAACGUAUUACACGGGUUAUAUGCAAUAGAACACCAUAUCAAUUAUAUUUAACAUCUGAAAUCUAUUUCAAAAUGUAUGGUAAAACUUUAUUGGAACAUAUUGAAUCGGAGACAUCAGGUGAUUAUCGUAAACUUCUUGUUGCUAUCUUACGAUAUGCAAUCGAUCGUCCCGGUCUAAUUGCUGAAUGGUUACAUGAUUCAAUGGCUGGUUUAGGAACAAAAGAUUAUGCAUUAAUGCGUUUAUUAAUUACACGUUCUGAGAUUGAUCUUCAAGACAUAAUGAAUUCAUAUGAAUCGAUUUAUGGCAAAUCAUUAUUGAAUGCAGUAAUAGAUGAUACAUCUGGUGAUUAUCGUCGAACAUUAUGUGUACUACUUGGUGAAACAUAUAAUCAAUAAUAGUUUCAUUAAAACAAAACAAUAUAUUAAAUCAUUUGAUUUUGACACUAUUUAUUCUAUCAUAUUUAAACAUAUUAUUACAAACUUGUGACCUUGUGUUGAUUAAUUUAAACACAGAAAUAUGGAUACAAGUAGGCGCCAAGUAUAUAUAUGCGCUACAUUUCGUUAUUCAAUUUGUGUGUAUGAUGAUGGAGGGGUUGGAAUACUGCCCAGAUCCACUGCCAGAGUCAUUUAUCUAGAGAUCUAAUCCAUAUGACAGUGUAGUAACAUUAAGGGAUACAAUCUCAUGAUAGCCAGUGACUAACAAUAGGUUCAUACGUGAUUUGUUCCCUCAGGAUCUUGGAGUCUAUGUGCAUCAUUGUUUUAGAAUGAGGGUUUUCUAACUAUCCUAGGUGAAUCCUCCGUAUACUUGUGCUCUAUUAAUAUCUAUAUGACGUAAUGAUACCGCCAGUUAGAGAACAGUGACUUAUCAAACGGACCAAUGACGCAUAAACCUGUACGAGCAGUCUAGAGUCCUUAUUGGUCCUUCUUUCUUCCUAACCCUGCC